AUGCCCAUCUUAUCGCAGGUGGUCCGAUGUGCUUCGUGCGUAAUGCGCGUUCAUGCAAAGAAAGGACACAAGGUGACGAAGUUCGGAGAAACUGAUGAAGGCAUUAAGUCGACGGUGGAUCUGAUCACAUCUAUCCAGAAAUCUGCGGAAGAGCAAACAGAGACGUGCUUUCGUUCUGUAUCUGCUUGCUGUAGCUUUCUGGAAAAAAUCCCGAAGGUAAUGAGGGAGCAUCUUGCGCGUUUUGAGGGGCUCAAAUCGGGCAUUGCAAAUCGCCACUUUGUUCCGAAAAAGGACCUCAAUGAGCGAGUGAUGCGUGCGGAUCAAAUGCAACUUGUAUACGUAGAGUCUAUGACUGCCGUUAAGUGCUUUCGCAUGAAGUAUCAGCGGGUGCCCUUGAUGAGUAAAAUGCUUGAACUGAACGUCCUGUCUGUUCAUGAAGUAUAA